CUGCGUGGCACUUUGGUCAAAAACCUUGCUCAUGUAUUGUCACUCGUGCGUGCAGGACACACUGGCAGCUCAUCAAUGUCAAGUCAAAAGCAGACCAUCAGUUCAGCGGACCAUCUACUCAAAACACCUGAACAAAAUGGUGGCCUUUCGAGUAUCAAGCAGUAUUCACCGGGCCAUGCGCGUAAACUGGGGCAGACAAGAAAGAUACGAUACAGGAGGGAUUUGAAGGACGAGGAAAACCCCGAAGAGAAAGCCCGUCACAUCAAACAGGUGGAGCUCAACCCUCUGUAUAAGGAGUUGUUGUACACCAUUGCACAUAAGAUGGGAAAAGUGGCAGCAACUGAGGUCUUUGCCGAUAGCCAACUUCAUCAAUAUAUCAAAGAGGCUCUCACAAUGACAGAAUCUGAGCACAAAUCUCUGAUGGAGAAAGUAGAAAAUUCAGAGCCACCUGUCUGCUGCCUCAUGGCCACUGUAAAGGAAGCCAGAGGAAUUCUGGGAAAAGAUAUUAGUGGUUUAAGUGACCCAUACUGCUUGCUGAGCAUACUGGAGGACGAAGAAGAGCGGCGUACACGUCGUUCCAGAGUCAAGGCCUCCAAAUAUGUGGUCAAGGAUGCCGUGUCGGCUGAUAAGAUUUAUCAGACCCACAUCAAGAAGCAGACUCUCGAUCCAAUUUGGAACGAGACGUUUCUACUGGAGUUUGAGGACAUCGCGGGUGCCAGCUUUCACCUUGAGAUGUGGGAUAAAGAUGAGGAGGUGUCACUCAGUCAAAAACUCGAGGAGAUCACAACUAGUUUUUCCAGUUUAAGCAGAAUUAUAAAGGAGGUCAAAAAGGAAAAAGGAACUGAUGACUUUCUGGGGAAAAUUGUCAUCAAACUUCAGGACCUCCAUUGUACUGAGGACGACUGGUACAUUCUGGAGCCCAGAACGGAGACGUACCCUGAUCGAGGCCGAUGUCACCUGAACCUCAAGUUCAUCCAUAAAACGAGAGAUGAGGCGCUGAGCCCGGGUCGAAACGCUUACAUCAACUACUGUGGAAUCCUGCAACGCUUUGUUCUGUCUUACAUUUCCAAGCAAAAGACUUCCACUCCGUGGAAAGGGGAAUUGUGUGGUGAAGCUCAAACUCUCCUGGAGCACUAUGCUGCACAGACUGACCUUUCACCUUUUCUGCAAGAUCUGGCGAAGUGGGUUGCGUACAGUCAACUUUAUCAAAGUGUAGAGGUGGACUCGUCGUUGCUGCUCCAACAGCUCACUUGCGUGGAGUAUCGCUGGCAUCAACAGGAACACGAGUUGCCACAGCAACAGAAACAAGAACUUGGCGACUCCCUUCACCGUUUCUUGCACUACGGUCUCCAUCUGGUGUCCAAAUACCGAGACAUUUUCCCGCCGACACCAAGCGCCACUCCCAAUUUACACACGUUGCUCAGAAUCUUAGUCCAGAUCUGUAAGACCAAGCCGUUUCAGAAAAUGAACCCGGCUGAUUUUGAACUGCACAAUGAGGUGGCUGAUGCCGUACAGACAGGUACACAGGAGUGGUUCACCAACAAAAAAGGCCUGCACCAGCCCAUGACCAAGGAGCUGUCGGAGAUCAUCGGCGCCUUGUCCAGGUUGAUUGACGAAGUACGUGACGACAUAAAACUCAACAAGGAUGUCUGGAAUCGAACAUUUGUCAGUGCGGUGCAAGUGGAUGUGUUCACUGCGGUCUACGAGAAGCUCGACUCGCUGGUUGCUGCAGAAGUCAAAGAAACCUUAUCUCAAACGGAAGGUCACAUUGAUCAGAGUCUAGCCAACAGCUUGUUUCCACUUUACCUGAGCCUGCAAGCCAUUCACAAAGAAAAGGCCUUCUUACAGAAAAGGGGUUUACUGAAGCUGACAAACUUUCACGUGAGCUUCAGAGAGGCGCAGCCUUACUGGCUCAAGCAGAUGUUCAACACCACCAUGGACAGGGUGGAGAGGGCGGUGAAGGUGGACAAGCUCCAGCUUCUGCACUCGGGCGCAGUGCCGGUAAAACACAGUUCGUCAGCAGUGGACAUGGUCGCUUGUAUCCAGCCUGUGUGUGACCUUUGGGAGCAGAUGUCCUGGCCUGACCCUGAGGAGGCCUUUAUGCUCAUGGUCAAAAUCACAGAGGAUGUUUGCAAGAUUGUGGUGACCUACUGUCAUCGUCUGAAAGCCCGAGUCAGGAUGCUCUCAGAGGAGUCGGACCACGAAAGCGCCAUUAACAUGCUGUGUGUUGUGGUGAACGACUUGGAGUACCUGCGCUCGGUCUUGACGCGGCUUCCCGCCAAGCUGAAUUGGGCGGGGCUUCAGGCGCGCAUCCAACACGUCAUCGGGGAAAGUCAGUUCCAAAACACGCUGCCGUCGCAGGUGCAGCAAGCGCAGGGCAUCCUCGGCCGGGAGAUCCGCUCUGCUUUGGACACGCUGAGCAAAACGGUGUGUGCUCGCUCCGUAGGUGAGCAAGAGCCUUUUUUGGGGGGAGGGUUGGUCACCUUUUGGUCUUUUCAGUUGAAUACGGACAUCGAGACUCAUGUCAGGGGAAUGUCAACCGGAAGCCGGAUUCCGUCCAAAUCCAGCCAAGAUGCCACAAGUCCUCUUAUGCGCUAUCUGGAAAAAGAACUCCAUUACAUGAAUGAAAACUUGGUCGAAGAGAACUUCAACAGCCUCCUGACUCCUUUGUGGAACAACUCGGUGAAGAUCCUCCACCAGAUGGCCGCCGAGCAUUCGCAGCAAGAUGGGCUCGUGGUGUUCUGUCACAGGCUGCUGUACACGCUGGAGUGCUUGGAGCAAUCCUUCCACGGCGAGGGUAACGGCCUUCCGUUGAAAAUACUCCACUCGGAUGAGUACAAGACUCUCAAGGCCUACCUGACUCAUCACUCUCUCAGCAGUCACCAGCUCGUGGACAAGUUCCUCCAAGGGAAAAUAUGGGAGCAGAGAGUGGUUGCCGGCGAGAAAUACGGCGCUGUCACUCUUCUCACCUCCUACAGAAGAUCAGACCAAAGGCUCAGAGUUGAGGUUUUGAACGCAGUCAACCUCCUACCAAUGGAUUCCAAUGGUUUAAGUGAUCCGUACGUGCGCUUAUGUCUGGAGCCGCACCACACCUUCCCGCUUGUGGAACCUCGCUGCACUGGGAUAAAAAGGCGCGAUCUUAAUCCGCUCUUUGAUGAAGCCUUUGAGUUCCUGGUCGGACUGGAUCAGUGCCAGGCUCCUGGUGCCUGCCUGCUGGUGACCGUUCUGGAUCAUGACAUCUUGAGAAUGGACGACUUUGAAGGUGAAGCCUUCCUGUCCCUCAAAGACAUACCUGGAGUUGCAAAAGGAGGGGAAGAAAAAGACGGACCGGGCUUUCGUCCCGAUGCCACCCCGGCUCAAAUACGUCUACCUCUCAUGCAUCCAAAACCUAAUGACAACAUCCUGAAGAUGUUGGAGUCCAGAAAAGGCGAGCGAGAAAUACAAGCCUUCGUCAAGAAAAGAAGACAGAGAGAGAAACAGUCCAGGGAGCAAAGUCAACCAUGACACGCAAAGGCUUGCCAUUCAUUUAAAAAUAUACAAUUUGCUUUAUUGAACUAAAUCCAUUUACAAUGAAACACCUGUAAAAGAUGAAAAUCAACUAAUGCUAAUGCUUUGUCUCAUCAGUGCAAUCAAAUAUGAUGUCAUUGAACAGAAUAUGUCAAAUGAAAUGUCAACAAUGUCAAACGGCAGGUAUGAAGACAAAUGUGUCAUUGAGACAAAGUGAAAAGUUAUGAAGUAAAAAAUGUCAUUUAAAAGACUACACAAGUCGACUGAGUAUAUUUAACUUGAUUGUGUUCACAUGCAUUCCUCUUCGAGAAACCUGAGUGCUUUAACAGAGGCUGCCUGUUGUCCAUACUUUUUUUUUUUUUACUUUGCUCCUCGAUGUUCUAUUUUUUUUUUUUUUUGUUGCUAAUCAAAAUAAAUCCAAUCUAACCUCGA